AUGGAAGAACAAAUUAUAACAUCGGUAGUACAGCAUUCAUCUUCGAUAAACAGUGCAUUCAUAUCAACGGUAGAUCAUUUACCUUGUGACGUUAUACGUUCUCUUUGGCUUGUUCAAGCGUGUAAUGUAUCUUUAGAUCAUCAAAAAACUAAACUCAACUCAUUACUAUUAAAAUUGCAGGCACCAAACCAAGAAGGGGUAGAUAAGAAAGAAAUAAUACCAGAAAUACUAUUGAUAAAGAAGAAGCUACGUGUACUUAAUGAUGAAUCCAUAGAAGAAUCAAAAGCAUUAUACAAUCAGUUAAUUACACAUAAAUUAUCAUUGAAAGAUGAAUUACAACAAUUACACACCAUAGCCAAUUCUUCUAGGGAGUCAGGGAUGGAAAUAGAUCAUAAUUCUGCUAAUAACCAAUUAAGAGCGCAAUUAAAGGAACAUUAUAGGGCACACCCCUUAGUAUCACAGCGAGAGGCAUUAAAAGAACAAUCUAUGAGAACGAAGGUGAAUUCUAUUCGUGCACCAUCGGGAAUAAAACUAGUGCUUAAGAUACCCAAUAAGAAGGGCUCUCUCAGUACUAAUAGGGUUAAAAAACCUGCUCAAAAGAAAGAUAAGAGUAAGAAGUCACGUCAACAGGUUAUAUUACCUCAACCAGAACCUAUGUUUGAAUCUGCUCCUGCGGUGGAAGAAGAUAACAAUGUCUAUUGCUUUUGUAAACAGCCGUCAUUUGGGGAUAUGAUUGGUUGCGAUAACGAAGAGUCUUGCCCUAACGGGGAUUGGUUUCACUAUAAAUGUGUUGGGUUAUUGAAUAGAGUAGAUGCUUUAAAGUAUACCACUGGAAAGCAAAAAUGGUUCUGCUCAGAUCACUGUAGAUCUGUGGUUAUGGGAAAUAAGAAGGAAUCAGAUAGCAAGAAAAAAAAGAAAAGAAAGAGAAGAAUGGGUUAUUAG